UGGAGGCGGGGACAGGCAGUGGUGAGUUUUUGAUUGUAUCUUCCUGGUCUUCUCCGAGCCGUAGUCUUGCACUCCGACGACCCUGUACCCCACUUUUCAGUUGCCACACAGGAACUGUCUCGGGGCCCCAGAGUAUACCAUAACUGAAGGAAAAUGAUGGAAGAGAGUGGAAUAGAGACGACACCACCUGGCACUCCUCCACCAAAUCCUGCAGGACUGGCUGCUACUGCUAUGUCUUCUACACCACUUCCUUUAGCUGCAACUAGUUCUUUUUCUUCUCCAAAUGUAUCCUCUUUGCAGUCCUUGCCACCCCAUGCAUACUCUACCCCUCAGCCAUCCCUUCCUCCUGUGAAGCCUUCAGCACCAUUAUCUUUUGUGCCUCCUUCGCCAGUUCCUUCUGUUCCACCACUUGUUACUUCUGUACCACCUCCUGUUUCUUUGUCAACUGCUACUGUCUUCAGUAGUCCUCCUAUAUCUCACUUCCCACCUUCAACUUCUGCCCCAAAUACUCUUUUAUCUGCUCCUCCUUCAAGUCCUCCUACAUCAGGAUUUUCUGUGGGUUCAACUUAUGACAUUACAAGAGGUCAUGCAGGAAGAGCCCCCCAGACACCCCUGUUGCCAUCAUUUUCUGCACCUGCAGUAACAGGUAUUUUGCCAGGUCCUAUUACUCAGCAAGCCAGCUUGACGUCUCUGCCACAAGGAACUGGAACCACAUCAGCCAUUACUUUCCCAGAGGAACAAGAAGAUCCUAGAAUUGGUGGAGGUCAGGAUGAAGCAUCUACUGGUGGAAUCUGGGGUUUUAUUAAGGGUGUGGCUGGGAAUCCUAUGGUGAAAUCGGUGCUUGAUAAAACCAAACAUUCGGUAGAAAGCAUGAUUACAACGCUGGAUCCUGGCAUGGCACCAUAUAUCAAAUCUGGAGGUGAACUGGAUAUUGUAGUAACCUCAAAUAAAGAAGUAAAAGUUGCUGCUGUCCGAGAUGCUUUCCAGGAGGUCUUUGGCUUAGCUGUGGUGGUAGGGGAAGCUGGACAGUCCAACAUUGCACCACAACCAGUGGGCUAUGCAGCUGGAUUAAAAGGAGCCCAGGAACGGAUAGAUAGCUUACGUCGAAGUGGAGUGAUUCAUGAAAAACAAACAGCUGUGUCAGUAGAAAACUUCAUUGCAGAAUUGCUACCUGACAGAUGGUUUGACAUUGGUUGUUUGAUAGUUGAAGAUCCUGUCCAUGGCAUUCAUCUGGAAACAUUUACACAAGCCACACCGGUGCCUUUGGAAUUUGUACGACAGGCUCAAAGUCUAACUCCCCAGGACUACAAUUUAAGGUGGUCAGGCCUUUUGGUAACAGUGGGCGAAGUCCUGGAAAAGAGUUUACUAAACAUCAGUCGGACUGAUUGGCACCUGGCUUUUACCGGCAUGUCUCGUCGACAGAUGAUCUACAGUGCAGCCAAAGCACUAGCAGGCAUGUAUAAGCAGCGCCUACCACCCAGGACCGUGUGAGAGAAGACUGAUGUAGGAUACUGAGACUUUUGCUUUCAGCUUGAUGUAAAAGAUUUUGUACCUUCUUUAAAUUGAACAGCUUCAGUGAAUUCAGCAGUUUUUAUAAUUUUCCUGUAGGCUGCAGUUUUUCUUUUUCUAGAAAGGCAUGAUGUUAUUCCAACAGAUGAAAAGAAACAGAUCCUUUUUAAGGUCAUAUAAUUUCAUAUACUAUAGUUCUCAGAAAAGAAAAUAUAUAAACAUAUUUAUAGCACAAUUUGAUACAUCAGAUUUAUAAGGUGGAAAGUCAUGUGCUAAGACAUUUAAAUUAAUUAUAUAUACCUGAUUAUUUUGUUUUUUAAGAAGACAUAGUUAAUUAAAAAACAUGUUUACUGAAUCUUCUUUUAAAGCA